AUGAACCCGUUAGAUUAUAUAAAAGAAUAUGUAGAUUUUGGAGAAGGUUUAGAUUUUUGGACUAAAUAUGGACUAAUAGCUAUGAAUUUUAUUAUGAUUGUUAUCAUUUUAGUAGCUAAAAAGUUUAAAGGUUCAAAAGGAAAUUAAUAAGAAGAAAAAAAUGUUCUUUUCGUCAUUGCACAUCCUGAUGAUGAAUCAAUGUUUUUCCUUCCUACUAUUUUGGAAAUGAAAGAAUAGAAUUAUAAACUGCAUUUACUUUCAUUUUCUAAUGGAGGUUUUGAUGGCUUAGGUAAAAUUCGUGAAAAAGAGUUAGAGAAGUGCUGUAGAUUCCUUGGAUUCGAAAAAUGCGAAAUUAUUGAUGAUCCAUAAAUUCAAGAUGGAAUGGAUAAAAACUGGCCAACUGAAACUAAAAUGCUAAAUAUCUUAUAAGGUUAUGUUGAAAAACACAAUAUUAAGGGUAUAUUCACUUUCGAUGAUCAUGGAGUAAGUGGACAUCCAAACCAUAAAGAUGUGUAUAGAUGUGUUAGAAAUUUUAAGCAAUUAAAUACAGAAUUGACUAAAGGUAUUAAAUUCUUCAAGUUAUAGAGUGUGAACAUAAUUCGCAAAUACAUUGGAGCUUUUGAUAUUCUAUUCUGUAUUUUUUCAUAAAUAACAUUUGUAAAUUGCAAUCCAUUAAAAGCAUGGUAAGCUAUGAGCAUCCACCAUAGCUAGUUUGUUUAUUUCAGAAAGCUUUUUGUUAUUUUUUCAAGAUAUGCAUACAUAAAUACUUUACUACCUCUUGAAUGA